UGCGGAGAGUGUUCGCACCGCCUCAGUCGCUACUCGCGCACCGACCGGCCACGGCGCUACCUUCGACGCACGCGCACAACGUACCACACACUUCCCGCCACAAUUCAAACACCGAACUCUACUGAAGGUGAUCGCAGGUGUUUGCAUCCAUAGUGCCGUUGGAACGAUGGUGGAUUCCACUUAAAAUUUUAUUAGUGUUAUUAUACAGUUGCAGUUGAAGAAAGUAAACUACAUUAAAGAGGAUGCGAGCCGGUGUGUGGUGCGCCGCGGCUGCGCUGGCGCUGCUGACACUCGCUGGCGCCCUCCGAACCCCACAGGUGGAAGGCGCUGCUCGGGUUGGCAGGAGAUUGUCAUCACCAUCAGCUCCCGAUGCUAAACUAGAAGCUGAAGAUGCAUCGCCAGCGCCACACAUUUCUAGAAGACGAGAAGAAAUUCUAGAUAGAAACCGAUCAAGGGUUCGAAGCCGACCAACGGCUGAAACUGAAGCUGAGAGCCCACAGUCUCAACGCAACGAACGAUUUGACUCAAGAAGAACGUAUAGCCGAACGCGGAGUCGGCCGAGCGAAAGCGAGAAUAAUAAAGAAGCGCCAACGAGCAGAGACAAUGUCAUAAAAAGUCGAACAAGAACAAGUAGCAGGAGGACAACUCAAUCUUCUCAAGCUCCCUUUGAGGUAUCAUCUCAAAGACCCGAAGUGAUCAGACCUCAAGUCUCUAGGACACAUUUGGACGCAGCAACUAAAAUAACGACAAUCAGGCCCUCAACGUUUCAAACAGAUGAUACAUCCACCCAAUUCAGACGUCGGGCACCAACAUCUCCUACAACAGAGAGUGUGACGACAAGAAGGCGUGGACGAAUUAACACUCGCGUAGACGCCAGAGCGCUAGAUCUUGCUGUUUCUGGAACUACUAACACAAUAACUGUCUCUAACAAAGAACCUACGACCGCAAGAAGCGCUGAAGAUCUAAGAAAUGCAAGAAAAUUGAGAUACAAAACACGACUAUCGGAAACCGACACUAACUUAACAGGAGAAGGAAUGACAGCUGCAAACGAAGUCACGAAAUCUAGUCAGAUCAAAGAAAAUAUUACUAGUCAACCAGAAAUACAACCUACAACGACAGUUUCGGAAACCACAAUUCAGCCGAGUACCGAAGCACCAACAGCUAAACCAGAGCCGAUUAAAGCAGAUAAAGUACUCAGACGACCCUUAACCCGCGGAAAAGCUAAUUUCAGGCCUGCCGUAAAGCUGCCGAAAGUAAAGACUUCGGACGAAAUCAGUGAAGACGAUAACUACCCAGAAAGUUUUAAGGCAUUGCUUCAAGCGAAAAAUGCAUCGACACAAGCAAGCUCUCCAGCCAGUGAGAGUUUGUCAGUGAAAGCAUCACAAAGAGUUUACAAAACUUACACAUCAUCAUCACAGUCAACAAACACUGGUCCUGCAAAAAACAAAUACUCAAGGUUCCGCAGCAAACAAAUAAAAGUAAACGAAGAAGUUAAAAAUGAAGAACCUAAAAAGGAAGGCGAUCAGGAACAAAAGCCAACUGACACUGUGACAGCUACCGAAAAACCAAAAUCUCGGAUCACUGAAUUCAGACCUAGAGCUGCUUAUAGCCCAAGACAUAGAAAAUCAAGUUCCAAUACUUCAACGACGCCAACGGUAUCAUCAUCAAAUCAGAGUUCAGAAAGGUCGCAGUAUAAAUUUAACAGAAAAUUAAACCUUAGCACAACAGAUCCACCCAAAGUUGAAAAUCCAAGUAAAUUCAAAAGACUUGGAACUAAUACUUUAUUGAAAAAAUCUCUACCACGACCUUCUUAUUAUUCGCGUAGAAAUGCAACAAGACCGACAAGUACUGAAACCCAGGUUUCAACAGAGAAGGAAAAGGUAGAGACUAAAGAUACAACUAGAAAGAGUGUGUUGCCCAAAACAUCAUAUUACUCAAGGUUGAGAAAUAAAAAGAACGACACCGUUACAACCACUUCUACAGAAAACAGUACAGAUGCUAUUGUGCAAACUCCAGCUGAAAAUAAAAUGGAAGACAGUGUCGAUAUGCCAUUAAUUUUCAGCUUGUUGAAAAACAAUCCUGUAAGUGAUAACACAAAAACACUGAAAUCAGAGAGUCAAGUAACGAAGGAACCAGAGAGGGAAAAGCAAAUGUUUAUAAUUGCUGUGAGCAGCAAGGAAUCUUCUGAGAACAGCACAGAGAAUGAAGUGCCUACUAAAGGAGAAGAGUCUGAAAAUAAAGUACCCAUCAAUGUCGUGUCGUCGACUUUGAAAUAUCACUCAAAUUUCAAGGACAAUGCAGCAGUAAACGUGUCUGAAAGUAAAGAUCAAGUGGCUCAUGAGGCGACUCCACCAAUAAGAAAUAUUCAGACGAGAAAAUAUGGAAGAAAACGUCCUAAACCAGAAUACUAUGAAGAAGCUACUGAAGUAACACCUAGAACUAAAGACAGGAGUUUGAGAAAAUUCAGCGAAGCGUAUUCCAAGUCCACUGAACCAACAACAAAUGGUAUUCCACCAGAGCCUGAAAAACAAAAGAGCAGGUUUAGCUCUAAGUAUCGGGCAUCGUAUAUCGAUAAACCGUUUUAUAAGGCUACUGUACCCACUGUAACUCCUUCAACUGUAGAGGGCGAAGAAAUCGAUUUAGGGCCUGACAUGAAUGCUAUCUCCUUUACUAAGACCCGAAGUACAUUAUCCUCAGCAGACUUGAGGCUUUCAGAGAGCCUCAUGAAACCCUCGCACACCAUGAACGUGGAGGCCUCACAGCACUCGCCAUCAGUUACAGUAUCUAUUUUUGAUGCUUUAGCUGAAAUACUUACGUCCACACCCAGAACACCCCGACUAUCAUCGACUACUGAAGUAACGCAAAAACAAAACAUUAACGAUAUACAGACACUCAACGGCGUGAGUAACAGUAUUACUGUAAAUAGUGUCAGAGGUUUAGCGAGUCAGGACACGUUCACGACGAUCACCGACGUGAACUCUAAUACUAAAUCUGUACAGACCACUGCGCAGACAACACCAACUGUGAUUAACCGGCUGUCGGUUGUGGAAGCCGCUACACCGUCACUAAACACUCAAGAUGGGAAUUUUACUCCUGUGAAUAUACCAACUCUUCCUACUUCCUCUCCCACCACUCCCGUAUCCGCUAGGAGACCUUUUGCCAUCAAAGUAUUAUACUCCGAUACAGAACCGCCAUCAGACAAAUCGACUGCCACCGAACCCUCUCGUACAUCAAAUCCGCCGUCAACUGACAACCCAGUAACGGUACUUAACACUGUGUCUGAUUUUUUGUUAGCUAAUAACAACUUAGUAUCCUCCGAACUAACUAGCAUGUUGUCAAAUAACAUUAGAGAUAUCCUACAAAAUAUGGAUGAAAAAACUAGAUCCAAAGUUUCAGUAGAUAUGGCGAACCUAUUACAGACAUUAAUCCCUCGAGCUUUGAAUGGACUUACUGAUAAUGAUGACCCUGACAAUAUCCUUAAUACCACUCCCUACAGCUUGGAAGAUAUAUAUGAUACAGAGAAUAUUGAUAUUGAUAAUAAAACUAACGACAUAAAUGUCGAUAGUUCAAAUGCCUUCCAAACUGUAGUGACUGACAACCUUGUAAAUAGAGUUGGUACAACCCUUGGUAUUACAGAAAACCCUACCCAAGCUGUAAAUAGCAAUAAUUCACCGAGUACUGUAAGUAGCACAAUACCUGCGUCUAGUAGUCAGACGACAUCAGCUGAUGCAACUUCAAGUUCUGCACUUUUGAGUUCAACAACAACACCUAAUAAUGUUGUGACAAUUACCACUGACACUACACCUACCCCUGGUACAGCUUCAUCGUCUGUUUCACUAGAUGUAGAAACAAUAAGUGUAGGUGGAGAAGUAAAUAGAGUCGCUUCUUCUUCAAUAGAUAACACUAACAUGGAUGUUCCUCUUCCCUUUUUAUCAAAUUUCAAAGUCCGAGAUUUUACCGUCACUGAAACAGUUGACGUGGACCGUAAUACAUCAACGACACAAAUUAAUCCCUCACCUUUAACGACUCCAAUUUUGAAAUCGGUAGCUUCGUCGCAAGUUAUUGAAAACAAAGAUAGUAAUAUACUACAAGAUCCAAAUCAAGUUUCUCCAAUGCAAUUGUGGGUUUUAUCUAAAAAGGCUCGAGUUUUGCAGAUGAUUGAAGACCUUAUAAGACAGCAUAAUAAUGAAAUCGCGACUGCUCCACCAUUGACAGAAUUACUCAAUCAACCAAAUAAUAUUCCUUUGUCCAAUCGUUUGACUCAAAUUUUGAAUACAAUGAGCACCACGACUGAAUCUACAGACAUCACGACUGAAAGCACCUCUACUAUGACUACCCCAUCCCUUAGUCCUUUCCCACUUUUUACUACACAGUCAGCCCAAACAGAUAGCACUGGAAAUUCUGCUAAUGGCCGAACUGUAAUGUCUUCAGCAACAGAUACAUCUGUUGGUGACAUCACUUUUACAACUAUUUCUUCCACGGACAUAUUUUCUCGGUUGGCCCUAUCUGAAUCAGUUGCAGUCACAUCAUCCUCUACUGAAAAUGCUGACGCCACAUUGAGCACUACAACAACGCCAACAGUUCAAGGAACAGAUGAAGUGUCUAGUAGAACUCAGGAUUCUAUGACGACUACACAGGCGAAUAUUGAAACCACAACAACAGAGUUAUUAAACACAGAGACAACUGAGACAAAUGUAGACUUCACCACAGUAUCAAACUCUGACACCACAACCACACGGGCAGAUGUAGAAAACAGCACAGUUUCGUUCAUUAGUAACCCAGUAAACGUCGCUAAUGAACCGCCGAAAAAAGAUUACGUCAUAUUUGGAAUUUUGCCAAACAAUACAGUGGUACGUAAAGACCCUAACGAUGACAUAUUGGAAACAUUAACAGAAGCGAGCCCUUACAUCGUAUACAGUUUACUGCCCAAUAACACCGUAAUUCGUAGAUUCCCGAAUGGAACUAGAGUGCCACGAGUCAUGCAAAAAAUUGACGUACUACCAAUCAGUCCAUGGAGCCUAAGAAACCCAUACAGCCCCAUCCAUAACAAUCCGGCCAUUGUCAGACCGAAUAACCCCAUCCGAGUUUCCACUAAUAUCGUGACAUCCACAGACACAUCCAAUAACGGAUCGGAAAACCGAUUAACCAACGACACUGUAAAUAACCAAGAAAUGAUGAUACCUUCGACACUUAAUAUAAAAGAUAGCAGUUCAUUGGGUGUAACUACCGCCACAAAUAAGUCGCCUGCUGAAAAAAGCACUGCCUCGCAUGUUUUGAGUUUACGCACAACUACAAUGCUACCUUCUGUUGAUGAGAUUCUGCUUAAUAGUAUAUCAUCAGCCGUUAAAGAGGAAAUGGUCAUAUCAUCAAUGACAACUACUCGUGAACCAAGAAUAUUAACACUGGAUAUCGAUCCGGAGACUAAACAAAUACGAACGGAAAAGCCUGGUGAUGGAAAUGAGGGUCCUGUAUUUAAAUACAUACCAAUUGACGAAGUGACACCAGCCCCACAAGACACAAACGUGUUAAAAUUAGCUUCAACAAGAGCGCCAUCUACAUAUAAUACUGGAAGUGAAUCAAUUGCAACAGUUACUGAAGUAGUUACACAAACGCCUCAAAUUCAGUCACGACAGAAAACAGAAGAUCCAACGACGACUAUACAAAUUACAGUUGGUACCCCACUUGUGACAACAGAUAAUACCUUUACGAAUGUUCCUACUACAACCGAAAGUACAACUAACCCACCAAUGUUUACUGUGCCACUUACAACUGCCUAUACUACGACGGACGUGCCAACAACAACUACAACGGAAGCCACUACCACUACAAUGGCACCAACAACAACAACUACUACCACAACAACAACGACGCCUGCUCCUACAACUACUACUACUACGACGACAACAACCCCGGCUCCAACAACAACAACUACUACUACAACGCCAGCGCCAACAACAACAACAACUACUACUACGCCUGCGCCAACAACAACAACGCCUAUUAUUACGACUAAUCCAACAACCAUGAGCACAACUAAUGUGCCCUAUUUAACAGUAACCAGUGUUGAAGAAAACCGCAUGUUACAAGAAGACGCGAAGCUAUCCCAAAACAUUCUUUCAACAGAACGUAGUCCAAAGAGUUUAAAUGUAUUUAGCAAUAAUAAUCAGAUACCAUUUGGAGAUUUCACCACUACAGUACCUCCAACUACUAAAUAUGCGUCCAGAACUCAACAAAGUGAGGAGAUGAAGUUAUUGCAAGCAUUAUUAGCUGGCAAUGCCCAAAGUCCGAGCACAAUCUCAAUACCAAACUUCGGUGGCAAUAUAAGAGUGGAAACAAGAGCACAAACAACUACUUCACGGUCUAUAGAAGAUGAUAUAAGACAGUUUGAAGAAGACACUAAAUUGUUAAAAGCACUGUUAGCUGCUACGGGACAAAAUCCAAACAGCUUAAAUAUACCUUCACUUGAUGGUUUAAAUAUCCCUACAAGAGCAACCACUCCUUUUACGACAACAACACAAAGAGCGACUACCACAACAACAGUACCAACCACAACAACUACACGGGCUACAACAGUCAGAACUCAAACCACAACAUCGACUGUCAAUGAUGAUAUUAAACAAUUAACGGAAGAUGCAAAACUUUUACAAGCACUAUUACAAGCAACAGGUCAAAAUAACAAUGCUAACAUCCCGAUCGUAUCAGGUGUUACAUCUAAUGUAAGGAUAGCAUCAAAUCCUAUUACUACUUCUAGAAUCUCUAACCCUACCACGCCUUUGAACGUCCACCCAGUAUACAAAUCUCGAACAACUACACCUAUGACGCCGGUUUUUACGACUGUAUCGCCUAUAUUGACUAAAUUGCAGCCUCGAGGGCCAAGUACUGGUUCGGAUGAAUCUGGCAUUUCAACAACACUCCCACCCCAGGGAAGAAGAAGAGUGCCCACCUCAACGGUUGCUACUGGCAGACGUGCUCCAGCGUCAAGAUUUACGGUGACUACUGAAAUUCCUAGUACUUCCACAUUCUCUGAUGCAGAGGACUUGGUAUUCCUUCAGAAUUUGAAAUCGGUAUUGAAAACAAAUCCUAAUAACGAAGAUCCUGAAGCAGCGUUAGCCAAUCGCAUCAUUGCACUAGCUGUAGAAAGAAGUUUGAACGAAAUAGAGUCUGGCAAGCAAGCGAACGUUGGCAGAACAGGAAUAACAGUAGCUACUACCCCAGUUACUAGUCCUCCUACUACAACUACCACUACUACAACAACAACGACCACAACAACAACCACAACAACGACGACAACAACACCUCGACCAAUAACAACAACAGUCAAAGACAGCACACCAUCAUUAGAAGAAGACAUUAAACAAUUCCAGGAAGACACUAAACUACUUCAGGCGUUACUUAAGGCAACAGGACAAGAUCCAUCUAAAUUUAACAUACCAAUAUUUCCCAGCGUAACCACUGAUACAAAAGGUGUACAGGAGACUACGACCCAGAAAAGCAAACUAGCUAUUACAGGCCAAUCUUCGGAUGAGGCGCUUAAGAAGUUGAUUCAGCAGACAAAGACCCCGGGCAUGGUGUCCGAGGCUACUAAAGCGCCUGUAGCAAUCAGCACAGAGUUUGGCAAAAGCAACGACGCUUUGCUCGCCGCUCUAUUGAAGGAGCAAGGAUUCGGGCCCACCACGGCAAGUUCUUUGGAUGAGCAACUUCGCCUUGCUGCUUUACUCAACCAAGUGGUAGUGACGCCGAAGGCUAGGCGGACAACGACGCCGCCGCCGCCACCGCCGGCGCCAAGAAGACCGAUCCUGGAUGGAUUGGCGUGGCUCUGGCAGCAAUGGAGGGAGACAGGCCCAGGGCCGGCGGCGGCGAGACCCAACCGGAGGCCAGCGAUCCCUUCCAGCGCUCCAUCAUCAGCACCGACCAGCAACAGGGUCCCCUGGUUCGGCUCCGGGCCAUUCAUUGGCAACGCGCCCGACCAACCUUCGUCCAACAGAGUCCCGUUGGAGCCCCCUAGGGCGGUGACGGCGGAGCAAGGUCCCGGACGAGGGCAGCUGGUCUCGGCAGCCAUCAACGUUACCAGAGCGUUCUCCCAGUUCCUUGGAGCUGCCAUUGCGGGUGCAGCCCAAACAGUCCAGAGCGUAAUACGUGCGGGCCAGAGAGCUGCGACAGACGCGUACUCUACUGGGUCGGGAUAAGGUUCAUUAUUGAAAGCUGGUUGAACUUGAACUUUUAGCCUCAGUGUGUUUCAAAAAAUGUUGUGUUACUCGAUGUGUUCUAAUAGAGAAGUACUACUUUAGGACGAAAGGGUCAAGACUUGGUCUUCGUCGUUUCGAUGUCGGAUAACACUUAAUUUUAUUUUACUUUGAUAGCUCUAAAAUUCCAUAUCUAUCACUUAUGAAAAUAAAAUAAAAUUUGUCUACCAGUAUCAGCACCAGCGCCUACCUACAUAUAACAAGCAUAUUUUUAUCACCUACUAGUAGGUAUUAUAUUGUAAAAAAUAUAUACCAACCUAAACUUUAAAACAGAUGUACUUACCCAGUCAAUUACUAUACGUACCACUAAAAGAGAGUCUAAACUCGCAUGGAUACCCUUUAUAGUUGAAAUCAUAAAAAGUAAUAAAAAUCUAAGAAUAUAAUAGAGUAGGUAAGUAGGUUCGACUGACAGAGAGGUAGGCGUUUGGAAUUCUGCGUACCUACACCUUCAAGCAACCACAUGUACCUUACCUUUACCUACCUCUAGUGUUCCAGUACCGAUAAUUGGGAAGCCCAAAAUUUAUCAAUUCGCACUGAGGACAAAUAAUGGACUUAGUAGGACAUGUUACUUACAUGGACUCGAAACUUUUGCGAAAGUGUCAUAGUACGCACUAUGUGUUGCAUGUGCUCAAUGUAAAUAGCUAGUUGGAUAUAGGAUUAGUUGUAAAUUACGGUCUCGGGAUGUCCUCAUAAAGAUAAUUUAAGUACAUGUCUAAGAAAGUUGUUCGAAUAUCGUCCUUACAUGGAACUAAAUAAGGAUGACGUGAAAAGUACUGAUUAGAAAAAUAUUAUUUCUAAUAUUCAUUUUUAUGAAGACAAUCUUUUAAAAAAUAAAAGGAAAUGUUUACGGUUCUACGGAAGAUCUUGUUGCUACAAGUUUAAAAAUGUUCCUAAAAGCAGAGGUCGUGAACAUUUUCUUAAAAUAUAUAUUUUUAGUAGGACUUAAUUCUAUUGUACCUCUCGUUUCAAUGAGCGAUUCUUGUCGGUCCUGUAAAGAAUGUCUGAGCUAGAAUUUAUGAUAAGAAUGUGAUGUUAGCACUAUUUUAGUUGUAUUAUUUAAUUAAUAUUUUAAUAUGUAAAUAACUACGCUUUUUUAUGGAAUCUUGCUUUUAAAACUUGUAUUUCUUAAUAAAAUCAUUU